AUGCGAUUUUUUCUCAUUCCUUGUUACGAAAAUAAACACAUUCAAGUACUUCAGAAUUUGCAAUAUAUUUAUGAAUAUGUAAAUAAUAAAAAUUAUGAGUCUCCCUCAGAUUUGAUUAAUAUACAGAAUGAAGGAAAGAGAAAGAGGAGUAUGUUUGUUCGCUAUCCGAGCGAAAUAGUUAUUUAUAAUGAUCCAAUAAAAAACAAGGAUGAGAAUUAUGUAAAUGGGAAAUCUAAAAAUUAUAUUCAUAAUGAUAUGAUAGAAAAACUUACUAGGCAAUUAAAAAAAAAUUAUAAUACAGUAACAUUAAAAUAUUUUGAAUAUAUGAAUCACAUGUUCAAUUUUAAUUAUGAAUCAAGUAUUUAUGACAAUGUGUACACAAUCGGUUACGACAAAAUUUGGAAUUCUUCUGAUACAUCAAAUGUUAAUAUCCCAGAUUAUUUCUUUAGUGCAAAACGAAUGGUCAUGUCUAAAGGAAAGUCGAAUCUUGUAAAACUGAACAGAAUACUCAACAGCAGUAACAGCAGUAGCUACACGUGGAACAUUAAGAGUGAAGAAAGAGAAUUUUCACCCCAUAUAGGUUUGAUGGAUAUAAAUAGUGUAAGCAUCCCUAACAAUUGUAAAAAUUUCAGUUGCCCAUGCCAAAGCAAUAGACUCAAAUUAAUGCAGGAAACAUACGAAUAUGAUAUUUAUCCAUUACUAAAAGGAAUCCUAAAGAGGAAUUUACACAGAAGAAACAUUAAUAUUGCGAACAAAUCCGAAAUGUAUUAUACAGAUUAUGAAGAAAAAAUUACUCCUUCAAAUAGUAUAGAAUAUGAAUACACUGAGCAGAUGCAGCUGUUUUUUCACUCCAAGAACAAGUGUAAGAACGAUAUGAUGAAUCAUUCGAAAAAUAUUAAGCGAAAAAAGAAGAAACAAAGAAAAAGAGGGAAAGAAAAGAAAAAUAUUGAAAUAAUAGAUAAUUAUAUAACAGAAAAAAAUUUCUACUCUAAAGAGUAUGAGGGCAAAAAUGACAUUGUUUUUCAUACAAAACAGAAUUAUGUAUAUUGCAUAAAGAAAAAGGUGCUGAGUAACAAUUUCACCUUUCUAAAUGUUAUGAAGAAAUAUAUUCAAUUUAAAAUGCAUUUUAAUGAACUUAUCCCAGUGGGAGGUCUCAAUGAGAAGACAUAUUCUCUAUGCAUCUCAGAAAGGAGUUCAGAAAAUUCUGAGAAGAAGAAAAAAAAAGCCCAAUUCAUCUCCUUUCUGGAACAUUAUUAUAGCAACAAAAGUAUUAUUGAAAAGGAUAUAUACAAAAAAAUUGGUGACAAAACAAAUAAGGAACAACUUCUUAACAAAAGGGAUAUGCUCAUAUUCGAUUAUUUAAAAAGAGAAACGACAUAUCUCACUAUUUCCUACAUAAUGGAUGGAGAAAAGACUUAUAUACGAAAUAUGACAGAAUAUUAUGCACCUCUUAAGGUCCCAUUGUAUACAUGUAGUUUUAUGCAUCCAUCUGAGGAGAUAGAAAGUAAUGCCAAAAUGUAUGAAGAGUAUGAUGGAUAUAUUUCACACCAUUUGACAAGUUUAAAUAUAAAAUCGGACAUGUGUCACUAUAACUAUGGUAACAAUUGCAUAGACUAUUUUAAAAACGCUUUUUUAAAAAUAUGUAAAAUUGACAUGGAUAGUAGUGAUGAUACAUUUAAGGGAAAUAAUUUAUUGCAUAAAAAAAACAAAGCAAGAAAAAAGUCCUUUAUAAAAGAACAUAUGAAGGAGUGUAUCCAAGAGAUGCAAGAUAAAAUGUUACAAGGAAAAACGAAUUAUAAUGGAAAAAAGAACAGAAAAAAAGGAGGUUGUUACAAAAUGCCAAAUGAUCACCUCAGUGCAGCAGUCCACACAAGAAUAAGGUUCAUUAAAAAAUAUGCACAUUUGAGAGAUUUAAAAAGUUUUUACUGCUUUAUACCACACAUGCUUAUCAUGUUUAGAAUAUAUAGGGAGUUAUUCAGUAGUGAGAAGUUAAAGCAUCAAGGGAAUUAUCAAGAUAGAAUGUCGUCUACUGUACGAAAAAGUUACUCUGUAAAUGAUGAUGAAAAGGAUGAGAAGAUGGAAAAACUAAGAACAAAUGGAAAAUCUCAUAAUAAAACGAAUGGACUAUCAAGGCAAAUCAAUGGGAAUAACUCCAACUUUAUUAUCAGCACGUAUGCAGGCUCAGACAAGAGGUACCACUACUUCCUGAUAAAAAAUUACAAUAAUAAGAGUUACAUUUUUGAGGUAACAUCCGAUUCGGAAUUAUACAAAAACCUUUUUAUGAAUAAUACAAAUCAUAAUUUAGAUAUAACAGAAACAGAAAAAAUAUUAAUAAAUAAUAUGAACAAAGAGAUGAAAGGAGGAAAUAACUUUUCAGUAUAUAUGGAACAUAGAACUCCACCAGAAGUGUAUAAUUAUAAUUGCAAAAAAUUUAAUACAAUAAAAUGGGCUUUAAUGCUAUUUUUCAUACCUGCAUGGUUAUUAAUAACUAUAGUAUAUAUUUUACAUGUCCAGAAUAUAUGGGGACAGAUGUUGAACCCAUUAUACAGAUUAAUGUUAUCCCCUUCCAUUAUUCGUCUGGCCUCAUAUGUAAUGUUGUUACUAUUUUGCAUGUUACAAUAUCCCUAUAAUAAUACUCCAUAUGUAGAAUAUACCAUAUUGGGUUAUAUGGCAUUGAAUACCAUGUUCAUUACGAUAUUUUAUGGAAAUUUGAUUUUGAUUAGUAAGGGGUUUAUGAUUACAAGAGGACAAUUUAACAAAAGAGAAAAUUUAUCAUUAACGCUAAUGAUCAGUAGUAUAUACAUAUUGACAUCAUUUAACCAGUUAAAUAUUAUUAGUGAUACACCUAUAUUGAUAUUUAUUAAUAUGAGUUUAUUACUUUUCCUUACUAGUAAUAUUAUAUCCAUUUUGAACUUUUUAAAAUUAAAACUAUCUUUUGUUAGAAGUAUAGGAAUAAUGGAUACAUGGGAAGAAUCGAUUAAAAUCAAAUUGAAUAUGUAUAAAUCUUAUUUACUAAUCAUUAUUGCUUUUUUCAGCUUUGAAAUUUUGUUACACUUGUUAAAAACCGUGUUCAACUUUUUAACUGGUACUGUAACACUAAUUGAAUAUGCCUUUGAAUUAAUUGUAUGGUGUUGUGUUCUUUAUAUAUUUAGAUAUAGGGGUAAUAUUUUGUACUUUUCAUUAUUGCAUGACAACUUAUCUUUGAAUAUAACACCACUAUAUAUUGUCAAAACGAGUGAUCAAUUUUUGGAUAUGCUAGAUGACAAACAGAGGCCUCAUGACAGUUCUAAUUUUCCUAUUUUAAUUUUAAAUCCAACAGAAGACACUGAUCAGAAUUAUUUAUCAUGCAUGGCAGUGGGAUGUCCUAUAAUUUCGCACUAUGGAAAGAAGUAUAUUUAA